AGAAGGAGAAACAGACUUUAUUGACGAAUGAGCUGGAAGUAGAAUAAGGCGUAAGUGGGUGGACGGCUCCUUUUUCUUAAUUAAACCCAAACUUUCUAUAAAACCAUUUAAUUACAGGCACAAUUGCUGGGGUGUAUCAUAUCGCAUCCUUUUCUUCUCUCUCUUUGUGUUAAGGCGUACCAACUGAAGAAUACAAAACAGAGAGCUUUAAGAUCAAGAAGUAGGUUGCAGAAAUGGCGAUGAAAGCAGCUGCUGUUUUUGUUGUUUUGGUAGCGGUGCGGGCGGUUUAUGGAGCAGAUAUCAUCGUUGGUGGCAACUCUGGGUGGAGUCAGGGGGUGAACUACGAAACCUGGGCUGCAGGACAGAAUUUUAGUGUUGGCGACACAUUAAUGUUCAAUUAUGCUGGGAGUCACUCAGUGGCGGAGGUGAAUGAGGAAAGCUACAAGGCAUGCUCCUCCAGCUCGGUAAUCAGAUCCCACACAGGCGGAAGCACCUCCAUUCCUCUGUCAAAGGCAGGGCCAAGGUACUUCAUCUGCCCCACUCCCGGCCACUGUGCCUCCGGCAUGAAGCUUCAGGUCAAUGUUCUGGCGGCCAAUUCCACCCCAAACCCAACCCCAACUCCAUCGACCACCGGCACUCAGCCGCCUCCGUCUCCAAGCGCAGCCGCCCCUUCUGCUUUCUUCACUCUCAACCACUUGAUCUUCGGAGCUUCCGUUGCCACCCUGUUUGUGCUAUGAGUGUGAAGCGGCCUGGGAAGAUGCAGUGCUUUAAUUUACAUUCUAUUGUUAUUAUUGAUUGAAUGAAUAAUUUGCUUUUCAUUUUAUUUUCCUUUGCUAUUUCCUUGGCUUCCUCUUAUUCAGCCGCACAUGUAUUUCGGUGAGUUCUCUUAUAUUGAAAUUGAAUUAUUAAGAACCCCUUUUCUUUACGGUA